UUUCCUCGAUGCUCCACCACCCCCUCCGUCUUGAAGGCUUUUUGUUAUCCACAGUCCAGGAGAAGAGGAAGCAGCGGGCUGAGGAGAAAGAUGCUUGGCCACCUCGAACCGUCCGCACAGAAGGAGGAUUUUUGCAGCUAAACUGAUUCCCUGUAAUUCAUUUGGUCUCAGAAGCGCUGCGCCUCAUAUUCGGUACCCAGUGCAGCUCUGCGUUUCAUAAUGGACAUCAAGCAUCCACAGGCUGACUGCGCGUUUCAGCAUCCGACAGCGGCGGGACAAAUGUCUGCCCUGCGCGAGAUUCCCAAGGAACAGCUGGCUGUAGGCCCACGGCGAAUCCGCAGUAUGCGAUUUGAUGUCAUUUAUUAAAAACGAUUAAGUGAGAUCAUACGGUACACAACUGUCUGUCUUAUCCAGCAAAUGAAGUGGCUGGCUCAGCUAAAAAUACGGGAGAGGGGGCGGGCGGUGGCUCUUAAAGAAGCAGCAGCUGUGCAGCAGCUCGGGAAGAAACCAAAAAAAAAAAAAAAAAGCUUUCACAUCAGGACGCCUCUGUCACACAUGGAGAGCAGGAUGUUGUAUCAGGGAUGAACACACUUCUAAGUGACGCUGUGAAGUAGUUUUUUAUUAUGCUGCGCACCCAAGUGGAGAGGAUGGCAGGUGCAUUAAGAAAACAGAUAGGCGAUUAAUUCAUAUCGAUGGGAGUUUAGUCAUAUGAUGCUUAAUAAAAUACACAUCUGACUGAUUGUGUUUCGGGUUUGACCUCACACCUGUUGGCCGGCCCAUUCACAGCGCGUCAUUUCAGCACCGAGGACAGCGACCGAGAGACGUUUUUUUUGUGCGGAUGUCCUAAAAGAAAGCAGUCUGGUGAAACCGAACAUUUGACCAAUAACAUGUGAAAGCAAAAUGUCAUCGAUUAAAACGAAAACACGUGGUAGGAUCAUACAAUCGAGUUUCUCAUUGGCGAAUUAGUGCUUCCUGUACGUUCGUUGAUUUAUUGAGACAAAAGUAAUUCACUUUCCGUUUUUCAUCUCUUAGAAUAAUAAAAAAAAAAAACAUUAAACAUUCAGUUUAAUUAGAAUUUGAAGAACAAAAUAUGAACUACUUAUUGUACACUUACCUCAAUCUCAAUUGUUUCACUGUUGUAUCCAUGUUGACAGUGAAUAGGCUUAAAGUAAAAUACAUUUCAAACAUCUACAAACACUGGCUUAACAUGGGUAAUUUCCGCAUGUUUACGACGAGCAUAACUGUGUUGUAACAUCCAUACAAAGUGGAAAAGAACAUUGUUGCACUUGGAGGACUGUUGGUGUCUGUACAGAUGUGAGACAAGCAGUGCUCCGUGUUGACCGAAAGCUGAUUGCUCAUGAUAUGUGAAAGCGUUUGAGACUGUGAGUAAGAUGACCAGAUGUGGGUUUGACAAGAUCCUGUGUGUAGCUCGAUUACGUGUAGCUUGCAGCUUUUCACUGAAACCAUCAGCAUCUUGAAUAAACUGACCCUGCGGUGGUUCACCUGAUAUCUCUCCUCUCCUCCCUGGCUGACUGUUUGCAUUAGAUAUUAUGCACACCGUCGGUUUAUUUGAAUGAUACCCAAAUGACCGGGCAUCUUUUGUUGAUACAGCAGUGAGUGUCCCAUCUCCAGCAAUAUGUGACACGAGCAGGUGGCGGUGGCAUAAUUUGAUAAAUUAAUGAAGUCAGAACUUAGAUUUGCUGUUCAUGUAAAUUGCAUGGUGUGGACGACAGCUUUUUUUUCUUCUUUUUUUUCAUGGAACAAAAGUAACAAACAAUAAUCUUUAUUUUAUUACUUGCUUCCUACUACAAGUUCAGGUAGGGUGGACAUUGUGGCCAUAAAAAAAAAAACGUAUCGCAAUUGAGUAACCUUUAAAACAGUGUCAACACCUUUUUAUGGUAGUUUUCUCCUGUAGAAUGCAUUUACAACAGAAACAAUAUAGCCUACACUACUCGUUGUGGCAUCAAAAUAAUAAUAAUAAAAAACAUAUUGUAUGGACAGACUAGGCCUUUCUGUUAUCUGAGUCGUAGAUAAUUUAAUUUCACUGAGUUUGCAGCCUUUAAUUUCUCAUAUAAACCAUGUAAUCCUGAAGUGUAAAUCAGUUCAGCAGCAACACAUUCACCUUUGCUCGUAUUACAUGUUGUGUUCUCCACCUAAUUUGCAAGGCAUAUUUCUCGGGGUGCGUCCUGGGCGCAGUCAGCUCAGCCGCACUCCAGUUUAGAGCACCUUUUACAUGGAAGGAUGGGAGGCAGGAGUUAGUUAAUGGCUAGGACCAUGGUGGAUAUUCAGGCGGUGGAUAUGCUGCAGCUAUAGUAGUGAAAGGAAAGCCGCUCCAGAAGGACAAGAUGAAUAAGAAAAGAUAUUUUCUGGAGCCUCCAGAGGUCAAAGAUUACCUGGUCAAAGGAGAAAGAUUCACCAAGUGGUCAGAGGACUCGACGAAGACUGUCCCCAUCACCAUGAAGAUGGAUCCCAAAGGUUUCUAUGUCUACUGGAUUAAUCAAAGCAAGGAGACAACGUUCCUGGAUGUUGCUACCAUCAGAGACACCAGAACAGGAAAAUAUGCAAAACUUCCUAAACACCCUAAGGUCCGCAACGUGUUCAACCUGGAUUUCCCGGACAGUAACCAUCUUGCCAAAACCCUGACCAUUGUCACGGGCCCAGACAUGGUGAACCUGACCUAUCAUAACUUCUUCGCCUCUAAGGAGAAAGUGACACAGAACUGGGCAAACGACAUUCUCACAAUUGCCUACAACGCUGCAAGAAACAACUCAUGCAGACAAGUGUUCCUGGACAAAAUCUACGUCCGGAUUUCUCUUCAGACCAACAAGGAUGGCAAGAUCCCAGUGAAAAACAUUUACAAGAUGUUCCCUGCGGAUAAGAAGAGGGUGGAAAGUGCACUGGCAUCAGCACACCUCCCCAAAGGAAAGUAUGACACCAUGAAGCCAGAUGUGUUCACUGAGUCGGCCUUCAAGACCUUCCUGACAAAUCUCUGUCCUCGGCCUGAGAUCUACGAGAUCUUUACUUCCUACUCCACCAAACCCACCAUGACGAAGGAGAACUUCACUAAGUUCCUCAAUGAGAAACAGAGGGACUCUCGGCUCAACGAGGAGCUGUAUCCACGCCUCCGCCAAGACCAGAUCAAAGCUCUGAUUGACAAGUAUGAACCGCUGUCCAAUAACUCCAACAGAGGUCUGAUUUCUCCUGAAGGUAUGUUAUUCUUCUUGAUGGGUCCGGAGACCACGGUCGUCAUGCAGGACCGGCUGGCCAAGAGCCAGGAUAUGACCCAACCAGUACCCCACUACUUCAUCAAGUCUUCACACAACACAUACCUGACAGCCGGUCAGUUCUCUGGCGUGUCCUCUCCAGAGAUGUAUCGUCAGUGUCUGCUGUCUGGCUGCCGGUGUCUGGAGCUGGACUGCUGGAAGGGUAAACCUCCAGAUGAAGAGCCCAUCAUUACUCACGGCUUCACUAUGACCACUGAGAUCCUUUUCAAGGACGUGAUAGAGGCUAUCGCCGAGAGCGCCUUCAAGACCUCACAGUACCCCGUCAUCCUCUCAUUUGAGAACCACGUUGACUCGGUGAAACAGCAGGAAAAGAUGGCCAACUACUGCAAAACCAUAUUUGGUGAUGCCUUGCUAACAGAGCCCCUGGAGAAAUACCCUCUGAAGCCAGGGCAGCAGAUCCCCAGCCCGUCUGAGCUCAUGGGUAAGAUCCUCAUCAAGAACAAAAAGGGCAGCCACGAGAAGCCGGCUCAGAAUAAAAAAAACAACGCGGCAGCCACUGAGCAGGCUGCACCCACGGCCGCACCUGCCCAGGAUCCUAACGCCCCUCCUCAGGAUGCUGCCAACCCAGCAUCCAGCCCCCAAGAGAACCAAGAGGGGGACGCAGCUGUGGAGGACAUAGAGGAGCAAGAAGACACAGAGGAACAGGACGAGGAGAAAAUGAAGACUUCAGAUGAGGGCACAGCUGGACAAGAAGUAACAGCGUACGAGGCAAUGUCCUCUCUGGUUAACUACAUCCAGCCCAACAAAUUCAUCUCUUUCGACAAUGCUAAAAAGAAAAACAAGAGUUACGUCAUCUCAUCUUUUGUGGAGACCAAAGGGGAGGCGAUGAUUGCCAAGACUGCUGUUGAAUUUGUCGAAUACAACAAGAGGCAGAUGAGCAGGAUUUACCCCAAAGGAACAAGAAUGGACUCAUCCAACUACAGCCCCCAGCCUUUCUGGAACGUCGGCUGCCAGAUGGUGGCGCUCAACUACCAGACGAUGGAUUUCCCCAUGCAGCUGAACCUGGCUCUGUUCGAGUUCAACGGCAGAACGGGCUACCUGCUCAAGCAUGACGUGAUGCGUCGCAGUGACAAGAAGUUUGAUCCUUUCUGCGACAGGCUGGACACCGUUGUAGCAAGCACGCUGACCAUAAAGAUCUAUUCGGGGCAGUUUCUUUCUGACAAAAACGUGAGAACGGGGGUUGAGGUGGAGGUGAUUGGGCUGCCGGGAGACCCCAAGAAGAAAUUUCGCACCAAGUGGUCCCCCACACCCAACGCCAUUAACCCAGUAUGGAAUGAGGAGCCUUUUGUUUUUGAGAAGAUUCUGCUCCCAGAAAUGGCUGCUCUGAGAAUCGUGGUCCACGAAGAAAACGGCAAAUUCUUGGGACACAGAAUCAUCCCUGUCGAUGCCGUUCAGUCAGGCUUCCAUCACAUCUGCCUGCGCAGUGAGAGCAACAUGCCUCUCACUCUGCCUGCUCUCUUUGUGUACAUCGAGGUCAAGGACUACAUCCCCGCUGCCUUCGCAGAUUUCACAGAUGCUUUAUUUAAUCCAACAAAGGGCACAGAGAAGACAACAAAGACCCCCAAAGAGUCAUCUUCAGACUACGUUUGUCAAUAUGAGUUACCCCUUGUGGUCCAACCUGCUACAGACAAAGCAAAGGAGGACGAGGCCCCCGCUGCAGAAAAGGCCUCGGCUGAGCAGCCGUCCCAGUCUACGCCGGAGGCUAAUGCAGAAAACGAUGCUUCGCAACCUGAGGCCGAGCCUCCCGAGACCCCUGCUGAAGAAGCAGCACCCAAGGCGGUGGCAACUGGGACAGAGGCAGCCCCUGAACCCAAAGAAGAGUCGGGCCCCGACUCCGGUGCAAAGCCUCAGUCUGAACCAGAAAACAAAGAAGCGACAGAUGUCGUAAGUGCUGCUGAGGAAGGGGCUCCUGAAGAGCCCACUGCAGAAGAGGCAGCGGCUGAAGAGGCAGCGGCUGAAGAGCCUGCGAAAGAGGAGCCUGCCACGGAAGAGCCUGCUGCACCGGCCGAGUCUGCAGGAUCAGGGGACUCACCUGAAGCGGUGACGUGCUCCGAAGAGCCUUCGACUGUGACUAUUGAACAACUGACACAGCACAAGAACUAUCUGAAGGUCGUCAAGCGACAGGAGAGAGAGAUGAAAGAAGCAGAAAAGAAGUAUCAGAAAAAGGGAGAGGACCUGAUUCAGAAAUACUCUGACUCCUUCAAGGCCAUCAAGAAGAAGACCUCGCUGAAGAAAAAGGAGGGAGAAGGAAACAGCUCAGACUCCAGCGCGAAAACAGAGCGGGUGCAGGAGCAGAAGGAGAAAAUGCAGGUUGAGCUACAGGCUCUGUGGACCGACCAGUGCGAUCACAUGAAGAAGAAGAAGGAGCAAUUUGCAACAGAGAGACUGGCCAAACUGUUGGAGAUGGCCACAGAGAGACACUCCGGUGAACUGAAGAGCCUGGAGAGCGAAGCCAAAGAAAAUAAGAAGAAAGCGCUCUCAAAAGGUUCAUCCACAGAGAAGUCAAAGCUGAAAAAGGCAGCGAGCACUGAGCUGUUGGACGAGGCCAGUCAUCCCGAUGGUGCAUCUUCAGAUUACAGUCCACAACAAGAGGCCCUGAUGAAAAAGCAGGCUGCUACACUGGAAGAAAUCAAGAGCCUCACUAAUCAGCUCAAUCAAGAGGCCCUGACGGAGCACGCUCAGAAGCUGAGGUCCCUGCCGGCAGAAGUCAGGGAGGCUGUCAACGUGUGCGUCGGCGCGCACUUCCCCGAACUGGUGGAUGAGGCUGGGGACAAGAAGGCGGGGGCGGUGGGCUAUGGAGAUGUCUUUCUAGGUUAGACGUGCCCUUUGAUCCCCGACCUCUACCUAAGUUUUUCUCACUUUUAUAUUUACUUUACUCUUGGUGCAUAACAUACAGUUUUAAGCAUAACUUUAAAAUAGAGGGCGUUUAUUCGAUUAGCAAAGAGAGGUGUGAUGUUUCAUUUUAGAUGUGCUAUUCAUAGAUUGUUUUAUGAUGUUUUUCUUCAUAGUCCAAAGUUAGAUCACCUGGAUUGGAUUUUCAUUUUCAACUAGACUAUUUCUGUUUCUUUUCACCAAUGAAAAAAACAAAACAAAAAAAACACCUUAAAUUAGACGACGCAGUGGAAACUUCAUCUUCCAGAUGAAGGCCUUUCGCUAAUAAAAGCCUGAGCCCGGUGCUCCCGCUCUCCUUUCUCUUCUCUUAAUACGCUUACAAAUGGGGAUGAAUGUAGCGGGAAGAAAUCAGAGUCUGCAUGCUGAGUGAGACAAUGACUCCAUUUGUCACACUUCAGCAGAGCUUGAUUGUGGAUGUGUGAUAGUCAGUAAAGCCACGGGAAAGGACUCAGUCUGACUCCGUGAUGUAACCGAGUUGUGCAAAAAUAAAGAGGACAUUUACUAAAAGAAAGAACCAUGCAGAGAAAGAACCAUAUGAAGCCAUGACCAGCUGAGUUAUGGAUACAUACAUGCGAUAUAGCAUGCAAUUACGUUUGAAAAAGUGAGGUUGUCUUGUAAUGAGACCUAUAUUUACACAUAUAAGAUAUCCCCUUUGCAGUUAGAGUUGCUAUGAAUUGCUAUU